AACAAAACCUAUGUGAUCUCUUGUGUUUAGGUAGCUUCAUCCAUGUGUGAAGUAAACAUUUACUUCUAUGAUUGUUCUAGAUGCUAUUCAUCAGAAAGUGAUGCCCUCUGGAGAUGGGUAGAGGAUUUUGGUUGAUUUCCCACCAUCAGUGUAGUAUUUGGAAUUGUUAGAGAAAUGACAUCUAUCAUGGAGUGAUUGUCUCAUAGUUAAUUUCAUAGUGCUUAAUUUUCACAUUUUUUUUUUACUUUCUUACUAAAUGUUUCCAUUGCCAUGACCUUGCAUUCUGAUGACCACCUGGAUCGUUUUGAUUCUUUGUGUGCCUACUGGCCCGAAUGCUUGUGCGGUUAUCAGAAUUAUCAGUUUUGUAUGGUGUGUAUUUCAACUUCAGAAGUAUAUGUACUCUUUUAUUACUGUUCUUCUCAGUUGGGAACUUUCUGAUACCACGUAUAGGAAAAUACUUUGCACUCUGACCUUGGCUACCUGUUUAGUGACCAUUUGGGACUACAACUUCCAAUGUGCUUGGUAGUACAGGAAAAACUGAUUACAUGGUAGAAAGAUCUCUACAUACUAUUUUGAAGUUUGGUAUGAUAGAAGAGGAGAAAGAAGAUAACUAUGGUGGAGCAACAGUGAAAACUGAGAACAUAUUUGUUCAAGAGAAAAUAGAACAUCCUAGUGAUCUGUUAGAAGGUGAUAUUAUUUCAAAGUUCAGUGACAGCAGUGAUGAUGAUCUGGAUAGUUUAAACUAUAAUGACAUGGAUGUGAAAAUGAAAACUAAAUUUCAAGAAGAAAUUGAAUCGGUGUUAGAAACUACAUCUGAUACGAAGACCAGUCCUGCUUAUCAUGUUAUAAAACAAGAAGAUCACUAUACAGAAGUUACAAGGUCCUCAAAACCAAACAGUAGUAUAUGUGGAGAAACAACUUUAAAUGGAAAUAAGCUAAACAAAUUUAAUAUACCUCAGUGUAAUGGUAAAACAUACAGUUGUGUAGUCAGUGGAAAAGAAUUUGGAACAGUGGAUAACCUAACACAAGAACAGAAGAUACAAUCUGGAGAGAAACCAUAUCAUUGUGCAGUUUAUGGAAAACACUUUGAGAGAAAUAGUCCCUUAGAACAACAUGAAAGAAAUCACCCUGGGGAGAAACCUUAUAGUUGUGGAAUUUGUAGAAAACAAUUUGUAUCAAGCAGUAACUUAAAAUCACAUCAAAGAAUACACACUGGGGAGAAACCUUACAGUUGUAUAGUUUGUGAGAAACAAUUUUUUAGAAAGAAUAACUUAAAAUCACACCUAAGAAUACACACUGGAGAGAAACCAUACAGUUGUGGAGUUUGUGGAAAACAAUUUGUGUCAAAGGGGAAAUUAGAACAACAUCAAAGAACACACACUGGGGAGAAACCUUACAGUUGUGGAAUGUGUAGAAAACAGUUUGUAUCAAGGACUAACUUAAAAUCACAUCAAAGAAUACACACUGGGGAGAAACCUUACAGUUGUACAGUUUGUGAAAAAACAUUUAGAACAAGUGUUAACUUAAAAAUACAUCAAAGAACACAUACUGGUGAGAAACCUUACAUUUGUUCAGUAUGUGGAAAACACUUUGGUACAAGGAAUAACUUAAAAUCUCAUCAAAGAAUACACAUUGGGCAGAAACCACACAGUUGUGCUGUUUGUGAUAAACCAUUUGGAACAAGAAGUAUCUUAAAAAUACAUGAAAGAACACAUACUGGUGAGAAACCUUACAGUUGUUCAGUGUGUGGAAAACAUUUUGUAGUAAGUAGUAACUUAAAACAGCAUCAAAGAAUACACACUGGAGAGAAGCCUUACAGUUGUACAUUGUGUGGAAAAAAUUUUGUACAAAGUAGUAAAUUAAAACAACAUCAAAGAAUACACACUGGAGAAAAACCUUACAGUUGUUCAGUGUGUGGAAAACACUUUAGUAGAAAGAAUUAUUUAGAAUUACAUCAAAGAAUACACACUGGAGAGAAACCUUACAGUUGUGCAGUUUGUGAAAAAAAAUUUCUAUCAAAGGUUGAAUUAGAACGACAUCUAAGAAUACACACUGGGGAGAAAACUUACAUUUGUGUUGUUUGUGGAAAUGACUUCAGAACAAACUUUGAAUUAAAAGUACAUCAAAGAACACACACUGGAGAGAGACCUUACAGUUGUACAGUGUGUGGAAAACACUUUAUGAGAAGUAGUACAUUGAAAGAACACCAAAGAAUACACACUGGGGAGAAACCGUAUGGUUGUACAGUGUGUGGAAAACAAUCUAGAACAAAAGAUGCUUUAAAAAAACACCAAAGAACACACACUGGUGAGAAACCUUACAGUUGUACAGUGUGUGGAAAACACUAUGUAAGAAGUAGUGCCUUAAAAGAACAUCAAAGAAGACACACUGGGGAGAAAACAUACAGUUGUUCAGUGUUUUUGGAAACACUGGUAGAAAGAAUAACGUAAAAUUACAUCAAAGAAUACACACUGGUGAGAAACAUUACAACUGUACUCUUUGUGAAAGACAAUUUAGAACAGAAGAUGCUUUAAAGAAAAACAAAGAACACACAAUAGAAAGAAACCUUACAGUUGUUCAGUGUUUUUGGAAAGAUUUUUUAGAAAGUAGUAAAUUAAAACAUCAAAGAAUACACAUUGGGGAGAAACUGUACAGUUGCACAGUGGAAAACGUUUUUAGUAAUUAGUAACUUACAAAACAUCAAAAAACACAGUGGGACAAUUUGGAACAAAGGAUAACUUAAAACUACAUGGAAAAGUACAUAGUGAGGAGAAUCUUUAAAGUUGUUCAUUGUGUGGAAAACAAAAGAAUUACUUAAAAUUGCAUCAAAGAAUACACAAUAGAGAGAAACCUACAGUUGUGCAGUUUGUGGAAAACACUUUGUGUCAAAGGGUGAAAUAUAACAACAUCUAAGAAGACAAACUGGGGGAAAACCUUAAAGUUGUACAGUGUGUGUGGAAAAUGCUUUGUAAGAAUUUGUAAAUUGAAAGAACAUCAUAAAAUGCAUACAAGGGAAAAACCUUAGUUCUGAAGUUUGUGGAAAACAAUUUGUAAGGAAGUAUAAGUUAAAAAUACUUUAAUAAAUACACGCUGGUGAGAAAAGUUACUUUUGUGUACCUUCAAUUAAAACACUAGUGUGAACCCUUACAGUUAUAUAGUUUGUGGAAUACAACUUGGAUCAAACAGUUAAUUAAGAAGACAUCAAGAAAGACAUAAAUGAUUUUAUAAUGAGGAACCCAUGUUUUUGGAAUAAACAGUUUGGAGGUGGCUUGAACGUUUCAAGAAGCAACUUUUAACAUCAUCAGAUACAAGUAGUUUACAUAGAUAAAGGAAUAUAUAUUAAACAAAUAGGAUAGUUUGCCCAACAUAACCAUUUUCAGAAAGUAUUACAAGUAUCAUCCCAGUAGACCUUCUCUGAACUUUUUCCAACAAUUCAAUGUCAUUUCUUAGGAAUUAAAAAUACAUCAGUGAAAACAAACCAGAACAUUCCAUUACAGUUAUAUAGUUUAUGGAAUACAACUUGGAUUAAAUAGUAAAUUAAGAAAAACAUCAAGGAAGACAUACUUGGAACCAACAUUUUGGAAAAUACAGUUUGGAGAUGGCUUUAAUGGGUGUAGUGAAAAAAACUUUACUAUAAAUAUACAAUGUUUCAAUAAAUAACAUUUGUCAUCAUCAGAUACAAGUAGAAUAGUCAGCCCAAGUAACCAUUUUCAAAAGUAUUACAAGUGUUUGACCCAAGUUUCAAGUAGAUUUCUAUAACAAGUGGCCAAAAAUAAAUAACCUCAAGUCUUGGAUAAAGUAAAAUAGUAAAGAAAAUUUGAGUUUCUGAACCAAAAAUGAUCUAAAGUUUCUCAUACAAAAAAAAA